GAUGGGUUGUACUUUGCAAAAAAUUUUAUUGAAUCACUGUUAUUUACAAACAACAUAAAUAAUGCGUAUUUGCCUCAAAUAAGGUAAGAGCACAUUCAAAUUGCACAUGAAGUUUCCUUUGCUGUUAUGACUUUGUAUUCAACCUUAUUUUAUUUUUGAAACAAAUGCACAAGUUUACUAGGUGUUCAUUUUAUUCUUGUUAAGGUCAAAAACAUAUAUAAUGUGUUAAACAAUGGAUCAUUCGAUGAAUACAGACUGGAGAGUUAGGUGCGGCCAUUCAUUCCAUGGAUGCUUGCUUUGGUCUAACUUGCAAAAAGUUGGCAGGGAAUAGUUUUGCUGUCCCAAACCAUGGCUGCCUUAAGUUUCUUGAUCAGGAUGAAGUAGAUGAUUUUGUUGAUCAAUAUAGCAAGUCUAAUAACAAAGUAGGAGAGAGUUGUCAGAUAUUUAAGGCAGGAGAAGUUACAGAAGCACUUCACUCCAAAGGAAAAAAUCAACUUUUUGAUGAAAAAGGAGUGUUUGGUAGUUGUUGCAGUCGGCAUUCACACCUUGGACGAUUUUUCAGCACUAAAUAUGGGGAAAGAAUUUCGUAUUCGCUGUUCCUAAUCCAAAGCAUGCUGACCAAAGUCCUGGUGUUGAUUUAAAAAUAAUGUAUGAUAUUGGAUGUGUAUUAUCAUCACAUUUAAAGGUAUCUUAAUGUUGGCAUGUAUGAUGUGGGACACAAGGCUUCAUGCCAGGUCAAAUUCAGUCCUAGAAGGCUCGAUGGUUUUGGUCUUACAGAUGGUGAGGCUAUUGAAAGGCUCUGGGCUUACCUUCGUGGGUUCUCUGCAAUUACUAAGGAGAUGUCUGCCAGUAGAAGAGUAGAUCUUUUGACAGACGCGCUUCUUCACUUAUCUCGAAGAAAUUUUAGCAAUGCAGGAAAAUCGUUAACGUCGAAGCUUAAAAAAUGUCUACAACUUAAAAUUAAAACGCAACAAGAAAUGAAGGAUUUAUUUAGCGAACUACCUGUGACGUACGAUCCUGAAAUUGUUUGUCAGUGGGAGGCCAGAGAGAAGGAAAUUAUGUCAAGAGUCUACCCAGAACAUAAAGAAACCACGGAGAACUGGAAAGUGACGUACGUUCAAAAGCUACUGCAUUUUAAACAACUAAGUGCUACAUCAUUCGGAUGUUUUGAAGAAAACCAGAAGAUAACAUCUGAAGAUUACUCAAUUUAUCAGAUGUCGAAAAAACUAUACCAGUUUCGAAAGAUUUUAAAAGAUAUUGAACGAAAGCAUUCUAUAAAAGAAAGAUGGAAACCUGGUCAUCCUAAUUUUGAUACUAUCGGAGCUUUACAUAGACUUUCCAUAGAAAGGCAUUUCUUAAUAACAUUGAGAAAGAAGUAUGCAGAUGGUCAGAAAAUUGCCACUCGCUUGUCCAGGCAAAUCACCAAGAUCACGAACAAGAUGAAAUUAACAAUUCAGAAACACAAUGCUGCCAUUGAUUCUCUUCGUGAUUUUAUAAACAGUUUACCCGAUCGUCUGACAUUUGAAAAAGCGAAAGAUCCUACAUCAGACCUUUAUGAGGGAUUUGAGUCUGGUGAGGAUGACAUUCUAGGAGAAACCUCGGUCCCAGUAUACACAAAGAGGAAGACUAUUGAAAUGUACUUAAUCCUAAAACGAUGUGACGAGGAAGAGAAACUUUUAAACUUGGAAAUAGAAAGGCUUCUAUUGUAUUACACCAAUCUUAGCUCAAAAAUUUAUGAAGCACUUGCCUAUAUUGGUGAUUGGAGCAGCGAUGAAUUCAUGCUUGGUUCAAAGCAUGAAAUGAUAAGAUUUAAAACCAAAUUGCGGAAUGAGUUGUUCAGCUUGAAGAAAAGUUUUGAGCUUCCACUUGGAGAAACUUUUCUUCUCCAUGCUGAGAUUGUCAACUUAACCAAUGAUGUCAACAUUCCCAAUGAAUCUGAAAGCUCACCGUAUGAGGAAUCCGAUACUGAAGAUGAAAACAUCGGAGAGCUCUCAGAAGUGGACAGUGACAUUGAAUAGACGACAUAGCUACUAUUCGUAAACUAAUAGCUACUUUUUAUGUACUUAUUAUGUAAUUUAGUUGUUCACGUAUCUAGUAUAACUGAUAUCACGCAAA